AUGUUGGAAGACGACGGAGAAGACCAAGUCCAUGAACUUACCUUGUUGUCAUAUGCAACUGAGUUCGCAAACUCCACGUUGAAUGAUCGACGAGGUCGCAGGCUGGAGGCUGGCCAAGUGAGAGAGGCGGUGAAGGAGCUCUCUCUGCUCAGGGACAAGACCGAACAGCUCGAGGCUUCGCUGUCAGAUCGCCUGGGACAUGAGAGGGCGCUCACCAGACUUUGCUUGAAGGAGAACGACGACCCUGAUUCUCUAUUGCUGCCUGCUGGUAAAGUUGCUGAGAUUGCAGUCAAUGAGAUCUAUGGAGAUCAUGUGGCCAAUGAUGGCUCUGUGUACGACAAGAAGGGAGGAUUGAAGAGCGUCAACAACCCAGCCCCAAUCUUCGUGCCUCUACGUAAUGCAAGGACCGAUAUUUUGGGAAACAAGUUGCUUUUGCUUUUGCGAACCUCUAAGGAUCUCAUACAAAGUUGUUACAGUCUGGAGAAUGCUGAUGAGAUAGUUCAGAACAUACGGGAUGCCAACGUAUUCAGCGAAGAGGAGGCCGGGGAUCUCAACCCGUGCGAAGCGCGAGACAUCAAGACUGCAUUCAAGGGAAUCAACGGGCAGAGACUUGGCGUGGGAGCGAUGAGAGGAGGAGAACCCGAUUCAGAGGAUUCCUUGUUGGCUGCCCUCGACACCACGACCAUUCCAACAGCCCAGCAUCCACAGCCUUACCCGGACCUCCCGCGCAUCGUUCUUCACAAGGACAAGAUUCGACAAUCCGUCUUCGGCACAGAUCCUUGGGAGGAACCCAAUUUUGGAAUUCCGCAAGAUGAUGAUGAUUACAAUAUGGAUCACUAUGAAAACAGCAACAAGACGAAGGAGGACGUCUGGCUACUAGAGGGUGGUGACAUUCCGAUAAGCGACACCGAUGAUGAUGAGCCGACUCCCAAGUUCAAACAAGUGAUGGAACAGACGUGCGAAGGCUUCAAUGAGUCCCUUCAGGCCUUCUGCGACCGACAGGGCUUGGUGAAGCCAUUUCCUCUCGAAGCUUUCAAUCGCCUCCAAGACCUGAAGAUCUUGAAUAGCGCCAGGAGGAGGCUGGAGUACAUCAGGAAUCUCACGGCCUUGAAGCAAGGAUUUGAGAAUGUCCCUUGGCAUGUGAAGGAGACUUGGAGGAGGAACAAGACGGCUCGAUACGAGUUCGAACGAGCUAUAGAAGUCAAGCACUUUCGCCAGGACAUGUUUGAGAUUGGGUAUCCCGAGGAUGGUCCUAUGAGCAAAGAAGAAGCUGCAAGGAUUCUUGACCGAAGGGACCAGAGCGAGGUGUACCGCUACCUGAUCGACGAGAUCCUCCCUCUUGCUCUCAUCAGCCCAGACCCCGAGCAAGUUUUUGGGCUCAACGAGACCCUAAGAGCAAUCUUCUCCGACAAACCUCGCUUCGGAGGGCUGAACCCGGAGUUGGUGUAUCCCGAUGAUCCCGACGCUUGGCACAACGUGUUGGGGCAAGAAGAGCUCACAGGGCAGACUCAGCAUCCGCUCUACCCCCGAAACUUCUUCUACCCCAAGGGAUACUGGUCCUGUCGAAUCCCCAACUCCCAUCCUUUGCUGCCUGCAGUGAACUCACGGACUAUGCGGAAGGUCAUGGAGAAGGCCCGCACGAUGGCAGUGAAGGUCAUCGAAGAGCGAAAGAAGAAGGAGGCAGACUUGAAGGCGAUGAGCGAGCGUUUUGACAACAUAACCAAGGAUCCAGAAGUUCUGCCUGACAGUGAGGAGGCACGCAAGCUCGAGAUCUUGCUGCGAUGGAACAUCACACGCACGUCUGAGCUGAACGCGCUUGUCUUCGCUUGGAUCUUCGCUGGUUCCAACUUCACUGAAUCCGUUGAACCCCCGACUGAAGACGACGAGCGGCUGGAAGUGACCAUACCCUUAAAUCCGUAUUGGAGGGAGAACCUUACACAGCUGCUACGGGACGGAGCAGACAUCAAUCAUCACAACCCCGACAUCUUCGACUUCACCCCCAUGCAUGUCGCUUGCAGCAGAGGCAACCUCUCUGUGAUCGAGUACGUGCGGGAGCUGGGGGCAGACCUGGAGGGGAGGAGCGAAAAUGGAGGAACACCUCUUCAUCACUCAGCGUUUGACGGUCAGACUGACGUCGUCGGGAAGCUGCUGGAGCUCGGGGCGGAAGUGAACGCCUUGAACUCGUUCUCGCAGACGGCUCUGCACACCGCCUGCAUGUGCGGCCACAACGAGACGGCGGCGGUCCUGGUGGAAGCGGGGGUGGAUGUCAACGUCAGGGACAGGCAUGUGCAAAUGAGGGGAAGGGUGGUGGAUGAGAAGGGGAAGGGGAGGGGUGGCAGCGAGGGGAAUCUUGCCAUCGACCUCGUGGAGCAUCAGAUCAAUCGGAAGCCCGUGUUCUACGAGGGCUUGCCGCCGGAAUCUUCCUCCAAGGAUCAUCUCUUCUGGCUCAGAGAUUUUCUUCGCUCGAGGGAGGAGGGGAGAGGAGGCAAAGGGGAGGAGAUCAUUGACAGAAAUGGGCUGUUAUCGAUGGUAAAGAAAGAAAACUUCCUCACAAUGCCAAAGAAAAAUCUUGAACAGCCGGUUGCCAACAAGAAAAUGGAUGCUCAUACAGAUUUUUCAUGCUUCGUGUGCUAUCACGACCAUGAUCAACUUGCUUCUUCUCUCGCUGAUGAGAUGCACGCGCGGGUUGAGGUGCUGCUCUCCAAACUUGAUCGAGACAAGCGGCGACCAGCCUCUGCCCUUGCCGAGCCCGGCAGGAUGAGAAGAGGAAGAGGGCUCGGGGCGAGAGCGCGGGCAGCAUGUCGACAGUGGAUCGCUUAUGUGCGAUUGAGGCGACGAUGGCAGAGGCUGGAGAUGAACAGACGGGCACAACGUGAAGGAAGGAUGAAGGAGGAAGCGUUUAUCGUGCUGGCGGAGCAUCGGGAGCACAGCUCGAAGAUGAAGAGGUCGCGACGAGUCGAGGAGUCAGUCUCCUCCUACAGGUCUCGCCUCCUCGCCAUCCACUGCUCCAUCGCCAUGUUCGUGGCCUCCAGGAGAGCUCGGUCUACCAUGCGGCUCUUCCUCGAGAGUUGGUUCUGCGUCUCCUGCAAGCGCAAGUCUGCAGCGAUUGAUGGAGAAGCGCUCAAGACAGACUACAAGAACCAACUUCACCGCCUGCGAAAUUAUUCGUUUCAGCAGCUGCUUGCUAGAGUUCUGCGAUCCAACUUGCGAAGCUGCUUCCUCGGCUGGAGGGGGCGAAGAGGUUUUGACGGGGGGAGGAGGCGGUUGGCUGAGGAUGAGGCAGAUGAACGUCGAGUCAUGAUCAAGACCAUUCACAUCAAAAAGAGGAGGAGGAAGAGCCAAGUCUUCGACGCCUGGGCGCUGUUGGUUCAGGAGGCAGCUGCUACACUCCUGGCGGAGGCGAGGAGGGCAGAGGAGGUGGAGGAGGACCUCGAGAAUCUUCUCUCCUUCAAACCCCGCCCUCGACCAGCCACCAGCUUCCUGGUCGACUUCCUCCUCGAGGACAUGCCUGCUGCCAUGUCAGGAGCGAUCGAGCGAGGAGACGUGCUGGUAGCCAUCGAUGGCGUCAGCGAUGGCUCGGACGUCACGCUCUCCUUCCUUCGCCCUCCUGCUGCCAUCGAAUUCUCCGUGCGGCUCAGACGGCAGGCGCAGCCGAGCAGGAAGCAAGUAGCAGCUUCGACAGCAGCACAGGAGUCAGUCCUCCUCCUCACAGGCCUCCUAGGGGAGACUCUCUCGAUCACUGAGAGUCUUUACCUGAUGCUGCAGGAGGGACGAGAGGGGGAGGAUGCUCGCCUCUCCUCUCACUUCCUGCAGACGAGACAGGAGGAGAGGAUAUCAGAGCUGCAGGAGCAGAUCCUCGCGCUACAGAGAAGCAUCGAAUCUCAAGAGGCUGCGGCCAUUGUCUACCAGGGAGAGCUGCAGCAGCAGGCGAUAGAGCACAUGCAGGAGGUGGAGGAGCUGCGUGCGCAAUUGCGACAAGCGGCGAGGGAAAGGAAGAGAGAAGAACAGGAGACGGAUGUAGCAAAGCUCAUCUUGAAGAGGCUGGAGCGGGAACAGGAGGAAGUUGAAGAGGAGGAUUGGAGCCUAGGGAAAGGACGAGCGGCCUCCUGCUCCUCCUCGUCUAUAGCAAACGACCCACUGGAACUGAGCAGCAUCGGGAAUACCGAAGAGGAGGGAAACAACUUGGGCAGUGAAGCAGGAAAAAUGGAGAGCGAAGAGGAGGAGGAGGAGGAGGAGGAGGAAGAGGAGGAGAAGGAGGAGGAGGAGGAGAAGGAGGACCAGCUCCGUCAGACCUCCUUUGAGAUUGAGGAGGAGGAGACGAUGGGAGGGAAGACGGCGGCAAGAGAUCCAAGAGGAGUGCUGGUCGAGUGCUGGCAAGUUUGA